CUGAAUACGUGUGUUACCCACGUGGCUAAUGGAUCGCAGCUCUGUCUUUCUGCCUCCUCAUUGGUCCGCAGGUGAUUAUCGGGAUUGGCUGUAAGCUGCUUUUGCGGAAAGGUAAACAGACCCUUCCUCGGAGAGUCUGCGCUUCUGAGUAUUGUAUUGAAACUCGGCAACAAACAUGAGGUAAACAAAACUUUGCGCUUUCAAACCAGACGGACUUCUUCACCUCGAAGUGCAUCUAAGCAGACAUGGUGGAGGUAUUUUCCGGACGGACACUCCUGAACAAGGACGGGGAGUUUGUGGAUCCCGAAGAGGCGCUGAGGAAUAAAGUGGUGGGGAUCUACUUCUCCGCGGGAUGGUGCCCGCCGUGCCGGGACUUCACGCCCAUUUUGUGCGACUUCUACACGGAGCUGGUGGAGGAGAGGGAGCCUCCCGCUCAGUUUGAAAUAGUUUUCGUGUCUUCUGACAAGUCGCCGGAUGACAUGGUUGAAUAUUAUCAUGACAUGCACGGAGACUGGCUCGCUCUGCCUUGGACGGAUGAUUACAAAAAUGAGUUGAAGCAGCGCUACAAGAUCACAGCAGUGCCCAAACUGGUGAUCGUGAAGGAGAAUGGCGACGUGAUCACGGACAAGGGCAGGAAGCAGAUCCGAGAUCGAGGCCUGGCCUGCUUCAGGUCCUGGUUGGACGCUGCAGAGAUCUUUCAGAACUUCAAGGGUUAGGGAAUGAAGAUGAGCUAUUAUAAUCUUCCUGCUUUCAUUUCAGUUUAGUGGUCUGAAAGGCGUCCGGAUCACAUAACAGUUUGUAUUUCUGUUAGAUUAAACUCCAUUCUUGUUCUGCCUUUUUCUCAGCAAAGGUUGGAUACCAAUAUUAGAUUCAGCUGUUCAUAAGAGGUGGUCUCAUGAUGGUUUUGCAGAUGUUACAUGGGCAUUAGGCUUUUUUUUUUUCACUUUAACUUACCAUCAUGAAGUAAAUCUUGAUUGCACAAUGUAGUGAUUAUGUAGCUGGAAUAAUGACACCAUCUGCGAUUAGAUUGGAUCCAUAUAAGAUUUGUUCACUAUGCAAUUCUUUUUACCACCAGGUAUGAAAUUUCCCUGUAAAAUAGGACUGUGAGCUUACCCCACCUGAAAUGGUAGGAAAUAGUAGCCGAUGAAACUAUCUGACUAUGGAAAAGAAAAAAUGUGACAUUGUUGGAGAGGUGAAGAAAAUCAAAAGAGUAAAUAAUAAUUUUAUUAGCCUGAAAAAAUAAUGAUGAGAGCGGCAGGAGAGGGUGUCUGUUUCCUAUUUAAAGAUAUAAUGCUUCUUAAAAAUUCUGCUUUAGUCACAGGCCUUCUAUCAGCCUAUGCAUUAAAGAUAAACCUCAGGCAUGCCCACUAGAGAAAUUGUCCAUUUCAUAUGACUAAUAAAAACCAGCUGCAGCCACUUUAUUUUUAAGUACUCGUGUACAGUUAGUGCUCUCUUUAAACUUUUAGCCACACUUCACCUGUAUUAGGUAGAUAUUUUAUUGCUAAAUUGCUCACCUUUGUACAUUUUCCUGUCACAAAAAAAUAAUGUAGUUCUGUUUAGAGCUGCCUGUAUAUUUUUAUAUUUUUAGUUUUUUUAUGAGUUAUUAAGACUGGUUAUUAUUAAAAAUUUUAAAAAGAAAUCUGA